AUGCUUUUGAUCUAUCAAGAUUCCAAGACGUCCACUGCUACUGUAAACAUAGUGGUGACUGAUGUCAACGAUAACGACCCAAAAUUUGAAGUCAUCCUCAGCUCUAACUUCACUGUUAAAGAAGAGCAAGCUAAUCUGUUUGUUGGACAAGUCAGAGCCACUGAUCCAGAUGCUGGAGCCAACGGUCAGGUUUUCUACAGAAUUGUCAAUCAUCCGGAUUUGUUUCUGAUCAGUGCCAACGGAAGCAUCUACACAAGACAGCCUCUUGACAGGGAGUUAAGGAAUGAAUAUAACCUGGUGAUUGAGGCCUCAGAUGGGGCGGUAGACCCUAGAAGAACCACCCUGACACUAUUAGUCCAGGUUCUGGAUAUUGAUGACAACAGCCCAGUCUUCUCACAGCAAGACUAUGUGGUGAAUGUACCUGAGAACACCCCUGUCGGGACUGUAGUUCUGAAACUAAGUGCUGUGGACGCCGAUGUCUUCUCCAAUGUCACAUACCGCAUCAAGACUGAGUCGGCCAGGCAGUUGUUCUCUCUUAACGCUAUCACUGGGGAGCUAGCUGUGCUGCAGACCCUGGACUUCGAGGGCCUGGCAGCUAUGGGAAUGGGGGCUUCAUACACUUUCCAGGUAGAAGCUGUCGACCAAGGAGGACUAAUGCCGCCGGGACAGGCUACAGUCACAAUUCGCAUCACAGACAUGAAUGACUUCUCACCCAUCUUCACUCAAGAACUGUACAAGGGCUUGGUGGCACCCAAUGCAGACAAAGGAACAGUCAUCACAACCGUUUUUGCUGAGGACCAAGACCCACCAGGCACCCCAGCCAGUUUAGUGCGCUACAGAGUGGACCUGGAGAAGUCCCCCUACAGCGGAAGCAUCUUUGAUGUUGAGGAGGAAACUGGCAGAGUCAUUACCAAAGUCAACCUCAAUGAAGACCCAAGCAUCACCUUUAAGUUGUUUGUGAUCGCCUUUGAUAAUGGGGAGCCAGUGAAGACAAACAGUACUUUGGUGGAGAUCACUGUCCUUCAGCCCUCACUUAUCCCAAUCUUCACUCAGGAAGAGUAUAGGUUUCCUGCAGUCAAAGAGCUGUCUCCAGUUGGCACUGCGGUGGGGACUAUUCUAGCUGCUGCUAUGAAUCAAACCAUCUUCUACUCCAUUGUUGGAGGAAAUGAACUGGGACACUUUAAAGUAGACAGCAGCACUGGUGUCAUCUCCAUUGCCAAACCACUGGACUAUGAGAACAUAACCAGCUACGUCCUCAGGGUGCAGGCAGAUUCUUUGGGGGUUGUCAUGUCCAACCUGCGUGUGCCUUCUAAAAGCAACACAGCCAAGGUGUUCAUUGACAUACUGGAUGAGAAUGACCACCCUCCUGUUUUCUCCAGGAAGCUCUACAUUGGUGGUGUAACUGAGGACACAAAGAUUUUCAGCUCUGUCCUUAAAAUAGUGGCCACUGAUAAGGAUACUGGGAACUUCAGUGCCAUGGCAUACCGCCUGAUUAUACCUCCAACAGCAGAGGGUCAAGACAGCUUUGUCAUAGAGGCCUACACUGGUAUCAUUAAGUCAGCCAUCAUGUUUCGAAAUAUGCGCAGGUCUUACUUCAAGUUUGAAGUUAUUGCCACUGAUGACUAUGGGGAAGGUUUUAGCAGCAGUGCUGAAGUGGUGGUUUCUGUAGUCAAUGCAUUAGACAUGCAGGUUGUUGUCUCCACGGUACCUCCCACUUUAGUGGAAGAGAACAAAGAGGAGCUCAUUAGAAUUCUGGAACGACAUGUUCAGGACCAGAUUCCCGGUGCCAAGGUGAUCGUUGAGUCGAUUGGGCCACGUCGGCAUGGUGAUGGGUUUGAGCUAGAGGACUAUUCUAAGUCAGACCUAAUGGUGUAUGCCAUUGACCCAUUAACAAACAGGGCCAUUUCCCGGCAGGAGCUCUUCAAGUUUCUUGAUGGAAAUGUCUUGGAGAUCAAUAAAGAGUUCCAACCAUAUCUGGGUGAGGGUGGCCGUAUCCUUGAGAUCCGCUCGCCUGAUGUCGUGGCCAGCGUGAAGAAGGCUGCCCAGGCCGUGGGCUAUACAGAGGGAGCACUGCUGGCCUUGGCCAUUAUCAUCAUCCUGUGCUGCAUUCCUGCCAUCCUAAUUGUCAUGGUUACCUACAAACAGUUCAAAGAGCGGCAAGCAGAGUGUGCCAAAACUGCCAGGAUCCAGAUGGCUUUACCACCAGGAGGGAAAGCAGCUCCAGCCGCUGCCCCCACUGCUAACCUCUAUGAAGAACUAGGUGACAGCAGCAUGAGGCGUGCUCCUGGCAGACAGCAACAACUGCUGAGGCCAUCUCUACUGAGACCAGAGGAGCUCUCAAUGGAGUCGGGCAUCGACCCAGGCCAAGACUACUACACACAAGACUACUAUAAUUAUGACCAAGGAUAUGACUUUCCUCAGUAUGGAAGUCGGAGGAGGCUGAUAUCCCCCAUGUAUGAUGAAUAUGGUGAGGUGAUCAUGGAGGAUGAUGGGUAUUACUACAGUCCACAUGGCCAAGAGGGCCGAGGCAGAGGCCGGGGUGGAAUGAGAGGUAGAGGUCCACCGAAGAGAGUUGCAUUUAGGGACUUGCCGGCAGAGGAUGAAAUAGUUCAACCUCAGCCAGCAGAGGAAGGUGAGCCUUCUAAGGCUGCCAAGAGAUUGAAGUCUGUCAUGAAACUCAGCAAACUCUUGGCAGCCAGCAAAGGAGGAGAGCAACCAUCUGAUGCCGGGACUUCUGGCCCAUCUUCAUGGAAGAAGGCCAAGAUGCUCAAGAUGUUUGGCGCAGGAAAGAAGGACAAGGAUUAUGCCAAACUGAUGUCAGCCCGCCGUAUUGACAGCCAGGAAAGUCUUACGGACAGACCGGCAGUUAUUGGCCCAAUAGAUAGCAAGUCGGAUGCUCGGAGCCGACUUAGCAAAGUUUUAAAGAGAAUUACCAUAGGCAACAAGUUGCAGGUCAGAAGGAAGUCACAGAGUAGUGUGAGUCAUGGCUCAGCCACAGGCAGUGAGAAAGAUGAAGAGGCUUCACAAGCAGCCAGUGAGGAUGAGAGUAAGUCUAAAGUGUCUAUUAGUGUGACUGAAAGUGAACCAGAAGGAGGUGCAAGUGGAAGCAGUAAGGAGAAGGAUUCUGAUGAAGAAUCCUCUGAAAAGAGCAGUGUUGACAGGGAUUAUCUCAAAGUCGAUUUAGACAGAGAUGACACAAAUGAAAGUACUGUGGACUCUGAGGAAGAGCCAGAUGAAGAGCCAGGGGACUCUGAUGAGGAAAGUAAGUCUAAAUCUGAAGAGGAAACAGAGAAGGAAUCAGGCAGUGAGAAAGACUCAGAGACUGAAAGAGAGUCAGAGUCAGAAAAGGAAUCUGUGUCUGGGAAGUCUUCAGCUACAGGGAAAGAGUCAGAAACUGAGAAAGAGUCAGAUUCUGAUGAAGAGUCGAGUUCUGGUAAGGAAACAGAAUCAGGGACAGGCACAGCAACAGAAAAGGAAAUGAGCACAGAAAGGGAUUCAGCUACAGAGAAAGACUCUGAUGAAGAGUCUGAGGAAGAUGAGGCAUCAGAAAGCACUAGAGAGAGUGCCUCUUCUACUCACAGUUCUAUGAGAUCCUCAGCUGCUGAGACCAGCAGGAGAAGCAGUGCUUCUGGCACUGUUAGUGGGAGUGAAAGUGCAACUGAAACUGCAAGUGAGAGUGGCAGCAGGAGUGGUAGUGACAGUAGGAGUGGCAGUAGGAGUGGUAGUGGUAGUGGGAGUGGUAGUAGGAGUGGUAGUGCCAGAAGUGGCACACCUUCUUCUCGAACAAGUGCAGGCUCAUUGCCAAGAACCAGCUUAUCAAGGGAGACGUCAGAGAAGUCCAGCAAAGAACUUAGUGAGACUGAGUCAGGGACAGGGACAGCUAGCGAUACAGAGUCAGGAUCAAGGUCAGCAAGUGAACGUUCUUCAUCUUGGGGAUCUAGGAAGGAAAAAACAGCAACUUUAGACCUAAGUAAGAGAUCAUCAUCUGGCAGUCAACAUUCCUUUGGGAGUGAUUCAGCUGGCUCCAGGUCCACCAGUGGAAGUAGGCGGUCUGUCCUGAGUCAUGGUUCAGAGGGCACAAUCACUGAGGAAAGUGAGGAAGAGGAGAAGGAGGAGGAGGAAGAAUCUGGGACUGCUGACGAGAGCAAAGACUCUGUGAGUGAGGUUAGCGAUGAAUCGUCUUCCAGAAGGUCUAGUGUAGUGUCUGAAGAUCCAGGAUCUUCUGCUUCCUACCAUGGUCAGCCCCAUAGCUCUGAGAUCAGAAGUACCUCUGAAGAUACAUAUGGGGGACUGUCCCCAAUCACUGAAGUGGAUGAGGAUGCCAUCUCCUCUGAUAAAGCGUCAGUCAGUACAUCAAAGGGUUCAGAAGGCACAGAAGAAACAUCAGAUGGUGAUUCAGAAUCUGAAGGGAGCUCAACAGCCUUCUAGCAAGAUACAUUGUCCCUGUGAACCUGGAAGAAAGAAGUGGAUCAAGCUUGUGGUUGAUAGGGAAAAUGAGACAAGCUCUACUGGAGAGGAAAGCACUACAGAGAGCCAGCAGAACAGACUUCCCAACAGUCACAGUAACAUCAACGGGAAUAUCUACCUGGC